AUGAAUAUCACGGGAAUCUUAAAUGAAGUGGGCACCAUGAAAAGUAAUAUAUCAACAUUUAAUGCUACAACAACGAUGGAACCUAUCACAAGGAAGUCAAAUCCGAAUAUCUCAAAGAUUGCAAUAGCGGUAACGAUCAAUUUCUUGAUGGUCUCGGCCAAUGUCAUCAGCUUAGUUGCCUUUGCCAUUGAGAAGAAACUCCGCACCUACAACAACUACUUCAUCAUCAAUCUCGUCAUCUCCGAUCUUCUAGCUGGCAUACUCCUAGCCGUCACCGUCGCACACUCAAUCAUCGGUUAUUUCCCAUUCUCAACGGACUUUUGUAGGGUGUACACUGGCCUCAGGAACGCUUCGACAACGGUAUCGAACCUCGGUAUGGUCGUUAUCUGCGUGGAUCGGUACCAAGCGACAUUCGACCCGAUCAACCAUUACAUCUCCAGAAGCAAACGCAGGGCUGUGAUCUUGAACAGUAUCGCUUGGACCGUCGGACUCGGGUUCUGGCUGUUGUACGCAACCGCCUGGGACUUCGUGGUCGAUGCCGUCAACACCCGUCACUGCGUUCCGGGUUAUUCUUACCGACUAAUUCCUGCCAUCUUGCCCAUCUUUCUUCAGGUGUUUCUGCCCCUAAUUGUCGUUUCAACUCUCUACUUGAGGAUCUACGCAAAGAUCAAACAGACCCUCAAGGGAAGAAAUGUCAAUGCGAAAUUCAAUCCCAGGUCGAGUGUCCUGGAAGAUUCGGCGACUUUUGAUGUCGGCAUCGUCUCUGUUGCUAGUCGGGUAGACUUCCCAAACAUUACAGAUGGAGAAAAGGGAAGGAAACCAUUGCAAGAAACACUCGAGACAACUGGAAAACAAAGAAAUCCAUCUAGAAAGAAAACUGAGGGCAAGACAUCUCGCCAGGAGUCGACGGGUGAAAUGUGGAAAGCCACUCGAACGCUCCUCUUCAUCAUCAUUUCCUUCUUCGUAGCCUGGAUACCAAGUAGCAUCGUGGCUGUUAUCUUUACCAUCAAUCCAACCCUUCUUCAUCAGGGGUUUUUCACAUCCACCUGGUACAUCUUCAUAGCCUGGCUGACUUAUGCCAACAGUUUCCUCAACCCCAUCGCAUACUCAAUGAAGAUGGAGAUGAAUGAGGAUGAUGGUGAUAAUGGUGAAAAUGAAGGCCAUGAUGAAGAUGGAGUUGAUGAUGAUGAUGAUGAUGAUGGUCAUGGGAGAGUGUUUGGUGAUGAUUAA